AUGUCAUUCCUGGGUCUUGAGGGGCUCCACGUCUUCUGUACCGGCGCUGCUGGGGGAAUUGGUAGUCAGGUUGUGAAGGAAUUUCUUGACCAAGGGUGCAAAGUAACAGCCCAUGAUCUCCGUCCAAUAACCAAUUUCACUCCAACCGCAAACCUCCUCACAAUCACAGGAGAUAUCUCUUCUGAAGACUCUAUCAGCUCUAGCAUUCAACAAGCCAAAGCCCAUCACGGCCCCAUCAACAUACUCAUAGCCAACGCCGGCAUAACCGACGAAUCAAACUCCUACCCAAUCUGGCACCUCCCCUUAGAUCUGUGGGAGAAAACCUACGCCACCAACAUUCGCGGCACCUUCCUAACAAUCAAGCACUUCCUCCUCAGUGCCGAAGAGGCCCAAUCCGCUUCCGGAAAAGAACUACAAAAUCUCUCCAUCGUCGUUACGGGCUCAGAAUGCGGGAAAUUCGGCCAAGCAGGACAUGCUGAAUAUGCGUCAGGAAAAGCAGGUCUGCAAUAUGCCCUUGUUCGGACAGUGAAGAAUGAGAUUGUGAGGCUGAACAGUAGAGCGAGGAUUAACGCUGUUGCUCCUGGGUGGGUGGAUACGCCACUGAUCGAGGGAAGGCUGGAUGAUCCGAAGGAGAUGUGGGCGGAAGCUCAAGCUACAGUUCCUUUGAGAAAGAUUGCUAAACCGGAGGAUGUUGCGAAGGCUAUGGCUUUCUUAGCGAGCCACCGAGCCGCGGGACAUAUCUCGGGUGAGUGUUUGAGUGUCGAUGGGGGAAUGGAGGGAAGGCUUGUUUGGAAACAAGAGGAAGUCGGGGUAGGAUCGAAAGAAACAGCAACUGACAAAGCUCAAUUAAUUGUCCCAGCAUCCUUGAGACAAUUGACAAUUUCGGCGCCACCGAAACGCAGGAUCAAGAUUCUCCUAAGCGUCGACUUUGAUGCUGUCUCUGGAUUUCUUGGUACCGGGGCUUCUACAAGCAAUAACAUGGCAGAUUACUCAUCCGGGUUCUUCGCCGGGCAGGUUGGCGUUCCGCGACUUUUGAAGCUGUUUAAGAAACAUGGAAUAUCUUCAGCAGUAACAUGGUUCAUACCCGGCCACUCGAUGGAAACUUUUCCUGCACAGACGAAAAUGGUUCUGGAGAGCGGUGCUGAAAUUGGGUGCCAUGGAUAUGCCCAUGAAGGCGGUGCACAAAUGACUGAGCAGCAGGAGAAGGAAGUGAUUCAGAAGUGUGUUGAGUUGGCGACUGCGUUAACGGGGAAGAAGCCUAGGGGGUGGAGAGCUCCCUUGUAUCAGAUUCGAGAGCAUACUAUAGAAGUGCUAGAGGAACACGGAUUUCUGUACGGUAAAUCAUCUUUUCUAGAGACGAGGAGAUUCAAGCGAACGACCGCUGACUGGAAGACAGACACUUCUUUGACUCACCAUGACUCGGAGCCAUAUUUCCUUCCCCAAGCACCACCAAUACCUAGCAUAGACUUUUCGCCUCAAUUAUCGGCCUCCACGUGGAUGAGACCACUUCCUGCUCCUGCACCACCAAAAGAUAAGACACUCGUCGAGCUGCCUUGUAACUGGUAUAUGGAAGAUAUGACACCAAUGCAAUUUCUCCCCGCUGCGCCUAACUCGCACGGCUAUGUUAGCGCAGGUAGUAUAAUGGAAAUGUGGAAAUCGCGCUUCAACUUUCUAUACAACGAAUUCGACGACGAAGAACGUGCAGCUGGAAAGGGGGGUUUCAUAUUCCCCCUCGUGUUGCAUCCCGAUACUUCGGGUAUGGCUCAUAUCAUCGGCAUGAUUGAUCAGAUGAUAGCAUGGUUGAAGGAGAGAGGAGACGAAGUUGAGUUCUGUAAGUACGAGGAUGUGGCAAUGGAAUGGAGAGCACGACAGAAAAUAUGA